UCAUUUAGUCACGUGUCCGCCAUUGCGUUACAAAACAUCAGGGCAAUUUAGACCUUGUUUGCAAGGCUCAAUCAGAAACCAGAGCAAGUUGUAUUAUAAAAAAGAAAGACCCUGUGGACUAAGUAUCCAAACAAUCGUUGGCAAUGGUGCUGAACUUGGUGGAAUCGGUCAGCGAGGAGGUGAUAAAAGUCACCAUCAAGGACAAGCCAGGUCUUCGCAAGCCACAAUCGGAGGAGCACCUCCGGGCGGCUUUCCAAGUCCUCAAGCUGUACGCGUUGCAGGAGCGCCGUGUGCGCCAGCUACGUAGCCUGCUCGAGGAGCGUGGCUCCAGGAGACGGCUUCGCCGGUGCUUAGCGAGUUGGCGCGAGUUCGCCGCUGGCGCCAAAGCAUCGGCCAGUCGGGAGCCCGUGAAGCCACCGAAGCAACCGCAGCAGCCACAGCAGAGGCCCUCGGGUGAGAUCAAGAUCGAGCUGCUCGUGAGCGCCAUCGCCGAGAGGCAGAAGGAAUUGAUGCUGCAGAUCGAGAAGCCAAGCACCCCAGGACCUGCGCUUCCGGGCAAGCGUGGGGUCACUCGUCCUCCGAGUAAGCCCAGUCCGGUCGAUCUGCAGAGACGUCAAAACCAGCAGAGCGUUGCAGGCGGCGCUCCAGAGAAGAGAGCCAAGCUGGCCGAGCACCACCGUCGCCGGCAGCAGCAGAAGCAGGAGGAGGAGAAGGCCAAACUGCAGGAGCUCGACCGAGCGGCCAGGCAGACCUCCAAGAGGACGAUCGAGGUGGCCAGGCAGGCCCUCGACCAGUGUGACCAGCGCACCAGGAGGGGCAUCAUCCACCUUAUGCGGGAACAGGGCUGCAGGGACCAAUCCGUCGUAGAAAUCCCUCGAGUGCCGAGUCCUCCGAGAUUUUUGAUGAGGAUGGAGGCGCGUGCGGAUGCGAGAAAGGAGCGAAUGAGGCAGGCCGACGAAAUUCGUAGGCACAGACGGGAGGAGCAAAAGAAACGGGACGAGGCAAACCGCAUGCGAGAAGAGGAGGAGCAAAGGCUUCAGCAGAUCAAAGCGCAGAAAGAGGCGGCUAAAAUGCGAAGGGAGCAAGAGCUGAAGCGCCUGAAAGAAAUCGAGAGGAACAGAAAUCUUGAAAAGCUUGCGGAUCAGUGUUACAAUAAAUAUCUAUUUCGUCGGUACAUCGUGGAGCCCCUGUGUGGUAUUGUGGACGAUAAUAGAAAAAUUUUGAACGUGGCGCAGAAGCACUACGAGGAUAAUCUACUUGGUAAAAUUUUUGCCGCCUGGAAGAUCGAGUGGACGGAGCAACUGCAAGCCAAAUCGCAUCUAGCCGAUAAGCUCUACCGGCACAAUCUGCUUUGGUACAACUUUGACGAGUGGAGAACUUUGGCGGUGAGCGUGAGGCAAAAACAGCAGGUGGCUGUGGAUUUUUACGACAUGAAUCUGCAGAAAAAAUCCUUCAAGGUGUGGCAUUACCUGUGCGUUAAAGUCAAAAUAAUAACGCACGCGCAAGAAGUCAAAGCAAAGAAACAUUACGAGAAACACUUGAAAAAAUUGUGUUUCAAUAUCUGGAAACAGUACAUGUCUGUAGCGAGUGAAAUAAAUAAAAGUGAACAGAGGAGGGACGAAUGGAGGGAUUUGAUCAAAAAGUUUAUCCCAGAAACUCCGAAAACGAAAAAAAAAAUUUACAUCUUUAUAAUAUCAAUGUGA